AAAAGUUUUCAGAAGAACAAUAUAAGCAAUGAGUAUUUACUGUAUUUGCCAAAAUUAUGGUAAUGAGCUCUUAGCUCGGGACAUGCAUUUUAAUCAUUAUGCACUUUGUAAAAUUAGAUCGUACUAUCUAAAAUUAACUCACUGGUUAGAUAUUAUUGCUACGUUCAGAGGUUAGUGCAUUAAAGAGAGAGGACAAUUUACAAUUUGAUACGAUGGUGACAAUAUUGUAAUUAUUAUGUUAUGAUUUAAAAGUGUUAAUUGUACAUUUACCAGAAUAAAAUUUGAUAUAGCAUGUCUCAUAUAAUUAUUUUGUUUAGUUUAACUCUACAUUGUCUAAAUUAUGUUGAUGGAGAUAAAAAUAUUGGUGCAAUAUUCGACGAUGGCACAUUUUUAUUAGAAUCUGCCUUUAAGGUAGCUUUAGCUGCUGCCUCUGAAGGUCAAGAUGACCCCUUUGGUGGUACCGUUGUAAAGACUUCUCCGGGAGAUAUCUUAGAGGCGGAAAGUGCUUUCUGUAGUCUUCUAGAGAAUAAUAUCUUUGGAGUUCUAGGUCCAACUGUGCAAGGACCAUUGCAACACGUCCAAUCGAUUACCGAUUCCUUAGAAAUGCCUCAAAUGAUCAUUAAACCAGAGGUUUCACAAAAUCGUAACUGGUCAACAGUAAAUUUAUACCCACAUCACAUCGCAUAUUCUCAGAUCUUCGCUGACAUUAUACAAAUGAAAAGUUGGACGGAAUUUACUAUAAUAUACGAAGGCGCUGAACUUUUACCGUUCCUAGACAAUAUAAUCACAAUGCAGAAUACAAACAGUGGUGAAAAGAUUUUGAUGAAUCUCGUUCAAUUACCUGAUGGAGACGACUUCAGAUUCCAAUUAAAGACCGUGAAAAGUUCGGGCUCUCUUAAUUACUUAAUUAACUGUAGUUUAAAAACUUUACCAUUGUUACUCGAGCAAGCACAGCAAGUUGGGAUAAUGUCUGAUGAUCACAGCUACCUUAUAAUGAACCCUGACUUUCAAACUGUCGACAUAAGUCCUCAUAAACACGGCGGUUCUAAUAUAACGGGGAUACGCUUAUUCGAUCCUAGUUUAGAGUCCAUUCAAACCUUCAUUACGUCUCUAAAUGAGAAAGUAGUGGAAUUAUCUGAGGGUCAGAUAGAGAACGCAAUUGCAGACGAUGCUUUAACUUUAGAUUUGGCUUUAGUUUAUGACGCUGUUAUUUUGUACACUUCGGCAGUAAAUGCGAUGGAACUUGAAGAAGGUGCUAAUGUUACUUGCGAAGACAAUGAAAGCUGGGAAUUUGGAUCUAGUGUUAUUAAUUACAUUAGAACUAUGGAAAUAGAUGGCUUGACAGGCAUUAUAAAAUUCGAUGAGGAUGGUUUUCGUUCUGAUUUCGAAGUAGAUAUAUUAGAGGUUAUGGCUCAUGGUUUCGAAAAGGUUGGAACAUGGUCUCUUGAAGAUGGUUAUACGGAAACUAGGACUGUUAUUCCGCCCACUGAACAAGAAGGAUCAGACUCUAUGAAAGGCAAACAUUUUUUAAUACUCACUGCUCUGAGUGCACCGUAUGGAAUGUUAAGAGAAUCGGCAAAAAAGCUAGAGGGUAAUGCUCGUUAUGAAGGUUUCGGUAUAGAAUUAAUAGAAGAACUAGCAAAAAUGAACGAAUUUAAUUACACGUUUGAUAUACAAGCUGAUGGUGUCUAUGGCUCAUAUAAUCCGAAGACCAAAAAAUGGAAUGGCAUGAUGGAAAAAAUUAUGGAUGGUCGAGCAGAUUUCGCCAUAACGGAUCUAACGAUAACUUCGGCACGACAGAAAGCAGUGGACUUUACCAGCCCUUUCAUGAAUUUGGGAAUAACUAUACUAUAUAAAAAACCUACUAAAGAACCUCCAAACUUGUUCUCCUUCAUAUCACCAUUUUCAUCAGGCGUGUGGAGCUGGCUUGCAGGCGCUUUUGUUGGAGUAUCUGUCUUAUUAUUUGUUUUGGGAAGAUUAGCACCUGAAGAAUGGCAAAAUCCCUACCCAUGUAUAGAAGAACCGGAGACCUUAGAUAAUCAGUUUACAUUAGCAAAUUCUUUUUGGUUUACGCUUGGAAGUGUUCUAACGCAAGGAUCGGAAAUUGCUCCAAUAGCGGUCUCUACCCGUAUGGCGGGUAGUAUGUGGUGGUUUUUCACAUUAAUCAUGGUAUCGUCAUAUACAGCCAAUCUUGCUGCUUUCCUCACGGUUGAAUCCAAGUUUUAUGCUAUUACAAGUGUACAAGAUUUGGCUAAUAAUCCAUACGGUAUAACGUAUGGUGCGAAGAAGGGUGGCGCCACAUUCAGUUUCUUUAAGGAAUCUGAUAACUUAUUAUAUCAGAAAAUGUAUCAUUACAUGGACGAUCAUCCGGAAUACCAAACGGCCACGAACGAUGAGGGACUUGAAAGAGUUAAAUCGGAGACAGAAAAAUAUGCAUUCCUGAUGGAAUCGACAUCGAUCGAGUAUAUGGUUGAACGGAAUUGUGAUGUUGCGCGAGUUGGCGGACUUCUGGAUAGCAAGGGUUAUGGUAUUGCUAUGAAAAAAAAUUCGCCGUAUCGACAGCCAAUGAGCGAAUCAAUACUACAAUUACAAGAAGAAGGUAAAUUAAUCCGAAUGAAAGAUAAGUGGUGGAAGGAGAAAAGAGGCGGGGGAGUUUGUCAGGACGACGACGUAGGAGGCGGUGAUGCGCAACCUUUAGUCCUAGCUAAUGUGGGUGGAGUGUUCAUUGUGCUGGCAGCGGGUUGUGGACUAGCCGUCUUAUGCGCCUUCUUAGAAAUGCUCUUUGACGUCUGGAUGAUUUCCCAUAGAAUGAAAAUAUCGUUCAAGGAUGAAAUCAUAGCUGAACUGAAGUUCAUCCUUAGCUUUAGCGGGGAUACUAAGCCAGUACGCCACAGAGAACCUUCUGGAAGUGGUUCGAGAAGUUCGAAGAAAGAUAAAGAAGAUAGCGGUGAAGCUGAAUCUAUUGGUGACAAUAGACUUGAUCCAGCACCGACACCACGAUCCGAAAGGUCUUCGCAUUCUCACCACACGUUACAUAGUAGAAGACAAAGCAACGCUGUACAAAUGGCCCGAAUGCGGAAAUAUAGUGGCAGAAGUAUAUUGUAGUAUAUUAAAUGCAAUGCGUUGUUAAAAGACCAUCCAGGCGUGACUAAUAUGAUAGUAAAUUAUCGGUUUAUGUUCUUUUUUUCUCUUUUAUAAAUGUAGGCUGAUCCUAACAAUUAAAAAAAUCAAUUUUCAAAUUACAAAUUGUUGCGAACAAAAACAAUCUUUCUACUUAUACAAAUAAAGAACACAAUUUUGAGGACCGAAAUGAUUAAUUAUACUUAGCUUCAACCGGCGCUAAAUAUGUUGUAAGUAUAAAUAUGUAUGUGUAAAGGUCUCACAAUAUUACACGUUAUAUUUAUUUACCUA